GGGCACAUUUGGAGGGAAACGUCGGAAUACAUAAGGGUCUCGGCUUGAUCGGAGAGUUUGAACUAUUCCCAUUCCCAGUCAUCGCAAAGCAGAUACGGUACUUGACCGAAGCGUCAUCGUGAGGUCCUUGAAUCCGAGAAUACUCAGAACGAGCGACACCAGUCAACCUUCGAUACAUAGUUGAAUAUGGCUACCCCGGACGUUGUUCGGCCCGCAGUCUUCACUCCCCGAGUUGUCGAGCCCGCCGUGGCCCCUAGCUCAAAGCACAAUGUACGCACAGUUCUGAAUUACUACAAGGACCCGGAAGAUGGAUCUCCGCCAGCUCCUUUCUACGUAGACCGGCCCUACACGGAACAGGUACAUGCCAGGCCGACGGUUGAGGUGGAGGUGGAAGUGACGGACAUUACGGGGAGCGAAGACAAAUACACGCUGGAUAGCCACGGCUUCCAGCUUGUCAGACAUGAGAGCAACGAGAAGAGCUUCCUCGACGAGGAGAGGAUCAAGGCGCAGUAUUACGCAGAGGUGGAGCAGCUGCUGAAGGACGUAACUGGCGCAGUGCGCGUCUUUGUAUUCGAUCACACGAUCCGUCGCCAAAAGGAUCCCGCCAAGCCUGAUGCUGCAUUCCGCGGGCCGGUUCGGAGUGUGCACAUUGACCAAUCCUACUCUGCGUCGGUAGAGAGAGUGCGGUACCAUCUCCCCGAUGAGGCCGAGCAGCUGUUGCAGAAACGGUUCCAAAUCAUCAACGUCUGGCGUCCCAUCAAGACGAUCCUGAAGGACCCGCUGGCCGUGGCCGAUGCGCAUUCGGUGGCUGAGUCCGACCUCGUUGGCGCGGCGCUCGUGUACCCGCACAGACGAGGCGAGACAUACGUGGUCAAGCCGAAUCCCAACCACCGCUGGUAUUUCAAGUACGCCCAACGGCCCGACGAAGUGACGCUCAUCAAGUGUUACGACUCGCUCUCGUCCGUCGCUCGCCGUAUCCCGCACUCGGCCUUUGUCGAUCCGGCCGAGGAGGACAAGGAGCCUCGUGAGAGCAUCGAGGUGCGGACGUUGGUGUUUUAUGAUUAUUAGCGCCGGAGCUUGGUCAAACUUUGUGGGAUUGAUAGUGGACUGCAUGAAACGGAACUGAUGGCCGAUUUACUGUGGGACGCCAGCCGAGGGCUGGGUUACAAUCAGGAAUAAUUAACUUAACGGGAUACACUGCGGCAGUGACGACCGAACGAAUUCAGCUACCUCAAUCAGAUUUGGCAUCUAGGUAAUGACAAAGGUAAUCGUAC